GCCGUUGGGGAGGCUCAGGGUCAGGCAGGAGGUAAACAACUUGGCGGCGUGUGUGUUGUGUGUGUGGCGGUGUUUGACUGGGAUAUAAGAAAAUAUAUUGCUUUCUGCAUCACUUUGGAGCACUGAUAUUAUUCAAGAAUGGCCACUCCAAACUUCAGCUUUGGUGGAGGAAGCACCACAGGCACUGCACAGACAGCCCCAGCUUUUGGGACGUCCAGUGCUAGCGGAGGAGGAGUAACUGGUGGCUUCGCCUUUGGGGCCACCAGUACUGCCCAGCCUUCCACAGGAACAUUUGGGUUUGGCACAACCAACACAGCUGGAGCUACUCAGCAGGGCAGUUUUGGCUUUGGAAGCAGCACAGCAACUCCAUCAACAGGUUUCGGCUUUGGAACGACUGCAACAACUGCUACUGCUACACCUGGCUUUGGUACUUCUCCUUUCUCCACCAACACUCCUGCCAGCACUGGAACAGGUUUCGGCUUUGGAACGACUGCAACAACUGCUACUGCUACACCUGGCUUUGGUACUUCUCCUUUCUCCACCAACACUCCUGCCAGCACUGGAACAGGGUUUGGCUUUCUCUCUAACUUUGGUGGAGGGCCUCCCAAGCAGCCUCUCUUUGGUCUUGGGAAUCUAGGAGGAGGAAUUUCUAACACAGGGCCAACACCCUCCUGUUUCCAGCCAGCCAGCCAGCAAGCCAAACCAUUCUCCUUUGGUACAUCAAAUAAUCUUCUUGGUUCAACUUUUGGGGCAAAACUACCAACAUUUGGAGCUCAAACAUUAGAUGCCACACAGCAGCAGCAACUCCAGCUUCAGCAGCAGGGCAUGAUGGGCCAGCCAGACCCCUUCCUGGCCCUGCACCUUGCCAUCUGUACUCCCUCCUACUUUAAUAAUGAAAAUGAUGAAGUUUUGCGCAAGUGGAAUCAACUGCAGGCUUUUGGGGGAGCUGGAAAAGGUUACUAUGCACCUAACAUGCCCCCAGUGGAGUUCACCCCUGAGAACCCCUACUGUAGGUUCAAGGUGGUGUGUUAUGCCAGGAUCCCCAGCUAUCAUAAUGAAGAUGGCAUUGUUCAAAUUGUUUUAGCAAAGCCUUUGAGUGAGAUUGAACCCCACAAACAACAAAUUGUAACUACUUUGAAUAGUAUAUUUGGUGGUGCUGAAGUGGUUGUAAGUGAAAUGUUCGCUGCUGAACUUCCUGACAGGACAAAUGUGAGAUUAUAUGUACAGCAGACCCUUUCAAAUGGAGAAAAGGAGAGGGCAACAGCCAUGGACGUGUCACGACAUAUGUCCCAGCCAGCAUAUUCUCAAACUCUUAAGAACUUGUGUAUACAAGAAGUCCUUCCACUGGUGAAUCUGUCAGAGGCUCAGUUGAAGGAAUAUCUGGACACUCCACAGAGAGGUAUUGAUCCAGCAUUGUGGGAGCAAGGCAAGCGAGAGAACCCAGACCCUCAAAAGUUUUUCCCAGUUGUGAAAGUUGGUUUUCAGGAACUCCAGAAACAGUUUAAGCAUCAAGAAGAGCAUGCAGAGAAACUCCAGGCCAACAUGAACAACAUCAUGGAGGAAAUCACACAACUGCGGCACAAACAGACCAUGAUGAAGGCUGCCAUACAGGAUGCCAAGUGGAAACAGGCCAACCUGACACGUAGAGUUCUCAAGCUGGUGUCAGCACAAGAAGUGGAGAGGAAGAGAGGUGUUCCAUUAGACCAGACGGAGGAACAGAUUCGCAUGAGGCUGGAGGACCUGUACAUGCAGCUAAUGCAGCCCACACAGUACCGAGGUUGCCUCAAUGAGUUAAUGGCUCAGAUGUGUGUCAAGCCUGCCAGUUCUCAAGGUGGCCCGCGCUAUGGUCUGGUGGGUGACAUGGAGCGAGUUGUGUCCCAGUACAUGGCGUGGCAGCAUGAUGCUCUACAAGCAGUGGUUGGGGUGCUCAAGGAGGACCUGGUGGUAGUGGACAGCAUGGUAGAGGAAAUCCAGCGUAAAUCUUAAGCCCCAUACCAGUAGGUUAGUUUUUGUUUCAAUAGUUUCAUAGAAAACUAUCCUAUUUCUUUUAUGGGAAAUAGUGGCGUAAGGAUGUCAGUGGCAAAUUUGAUGAGGAAUUGCAGUUUAGCCUCAGAUUACCUUAGAGUUUGAGAGGGAAAUGAGACAGUAUAGUUGGGUUCAAAACCUCAAUUCCAUGACCAUUCUCAGACUAGUAAGGCUUCAUGAUUGAUUGAACUUGGUUGACCUUUUAUAUGAAAAAAUUACCCUCAUGUCCCUCUUGAUUUCUUGAGAUUCAGUUCCCGUAGCUAAGAAUAUCAUGCAUAAUACAUGUAAAGUUAUGCUUCAUGUGCUUUUAUUUUAUUAAUCUAUGAAACAUGGAUUAGACUACAUAACCAAAACACUCAAAAUGCAAGCAUCUGUAAUUCACAUACUACACUAUUUUACACACUGAAAAUAUGUCUUCUGAAUAUGGUGCUCCUCCUUCCAGUGCUGGUUAUCUGGAUGAUAAGGUCUAUCAGCACUUAGAAUUCAUUGGAUAGCAAUUUUAAUUUUAAGCAAUAGAUGAUUCAGCAUUCAGUAACUAACAUCAAAUAUCCAAAUUUUUCUUAUGAUUCUUAAACUCCAGAAGAAUCACAGUUUUCCAGAAGACAGGUAACAGCUUUCUCUUUAUAUUUGGCUUGACUGUAAACCAUAACUCAUAUUUGAUAAAAAGAAUAAAUACUUUUAUCUUUA